GGUUGAUGAUAGGAGAGAAAAAAAAUUGAAAAAGAAAAGAAAGAGAAAGAUUGAAUGUCUUCCCCCAGUGGUGUACGAUUUUGACCUAUAUGCCCCGGUGCUCUCGAUUUGUAUAGCCGCGGCCUCCUCCCAUCGCAUCACAUCACACACAAUCAAACCAAAGGAGACGUAAAGACGUAAGAUACGAUAUGGAUAGGGUGUUCUCCUCAGUCGACGAAAUCUCCGAUCACUUCUGGCCAUCGCCGCCGAUCCCCGUCUCCGCCGCCGAUGAGGCCUCUAAGAUGAGCCGUAGCGCCUCCGAGUGGGCCUUCCAACGCUUCAUCCAGGAAGCUUCCGCACCCUCUCCCCCCUCUCCUUCCUCCGCCACCACGGCUACUUCUGCGGCCGCCACUGACGUUGUCUUUGUCGAGAUCGACGAUCAUCCCAAACCUGCCCCUGCUCCUCCCCAGAACGCCGCCGUUUUGCCCAAUGCCCCUGUUCCCGUACCCCUUGACUCCGAUGAGUACCAGGCCUUCCUCAAGAGCAAGCUCAACCUUGCAUGCGCUGCUGUUGCCAUGACUAGGGCAUCUUUGGCUAAAUCUCAAGAGCCAGCCCCUUUUUCUGAUGGUGGAUCACAGCCUAUCGAUCCUUCUCAAGUUGGAUCUCAGACUACAUCUAAAGGAUCUAUUCCUUCUGGAAAUGAUCCAUCUAAGUUACAAGAUAAAGAUACGAAAGUACCAGUUGGGAUGCCUUCCAUACCUUCCACGCAAAAGAAACCUGUUGUUGCAGUUAGACCAUCAACAAGUGGAUCAUCAAGAGAACUGUCAGAUGAUGAUGAUGCUGAGGGAGAGACAUCUAUGAACGACAUGGACCCAGCUGAUGCAAAAAGAGUAAGGAGGAUGCUAUCCAAUAGGGAGUCUGCCCGGCGCUCUAGAAGAAGAAAGCAGGCUCAUUUAACUGACCUAGAAACACAGGUUUCUCAAUUAAGAGGUGAAAAUUCUACCUUGUUGAAGCGCCUUACUGAUGUAAGUCAGAAAUACAGUGAAUCUGCUGUUGACAACAGAGUUUUAAAAGCUGAUGUGGAAACAUUAAGAGCAAAGGUGAAGAUGGCUGAAGAGACCGUCAAAAGAAUUACCGGGUUGAAUCCAAUGGUUCAUGCCAUGUCUGACAUGUCACCAUUGGGCAUGACGUUAUUUGAUGGAAGAAGCCCUUCAGACACUUCAGCAGAUGCAGCUGUUCCUGUGCAAGAUGAUCAUCAUCACUUCUAUCAACCCACAUCUAAUAAUCCUAUUCCCAGUCAUGAUCCGAUAGUCAACGAUGGGUUGGCGGGCAUGUCUUCAAUUGAAAAUGUGCAGCAGAACCCUGCAGCAGUGGCAGGUGGGAACAAGAUGGGUCAAACUUCUUCCCUGCAGCGGGUAGCUAGCUUGGAACAUCUUCAGAAGCGGAUUCGUGGUGGUGUGGAUUCCUGUGGACCUCCCUCUAAUGGGGAGCAGUAAGUAGCCAAAUCUCUUGGAUGCUUCACCAGAAAGUUAUUAUCAAACAGUUAUUUCUGCUAGUUAUUUAUAACUAAAGCCAUAUUCAUCUGGAAUACACUGUACAUCAAUUUGAUGGAUCACAUGAGUCUGGAUUCAAUUAGUGCACUUCGCCUCUUGUUCUUUUCCAAAAAAAAGGAUGAAAUAUAUUUUACAGCCGCUAAGUUUUAAUA